UAAUUGUCAUCCGAAUCAGUUUUCACUCCCUAUGUUGGUCAAAUAUUCAAAAGUGAUGAUGCAAGGGCAUUGGCUGUAGAUGCCAGCCGGCUCCCAUGGAUCGGUGAUCAAACCGUGGAAACUUGCAUUUACUGCUUUCGUUUCGUAAUCCUACUAUUAUGUCCCGCUGGUUAUUCCAUACAACAAGACUAGCUGCUUACAGCCAUAGCCCUGUUUUCACCUCUCCACGCUCUGCUUCUUCAAUUCGACAUUCUCACCAUUACCCUCUUCUCUUCAAUCCCUUUAACAAACCUCGUCCUCCAUCUUCAAUCCCAUUGCAAAUCUUAGUUGAUCAAUACAAGUCAUCUCAACUCCACCCCAAUCCUGUACAACGUGAUGAAAAGAUUGAGUCUCUUGCUCAACGGUACCGGUAUUCUUGCUGCUCGAAAGAUGCAGAAGAGCUUCAUUUGCAGGUUUGCAAAAAUGGGUUCGUUAAUGAUUUGUUUUUGUGUAAUACCCUUAUUAAUAUUUAUGCUAGAGUUGGUGAUUUGGGUUCCGCCCGGAAGGUGUUCGACCAAAUGCUCCUUAGGAACUUGGUUACUUGGUCUUGCUUGAUAUCAGGCUAUACUCAUAACCGUAUGCCAAAUGAGGCUUGUGAGCUCUUCCGGAGAAUGGUUUCUGAUGGUUUUAUGCCUAAUCAAUACGCUUUUAGUAGCGCCAUCCGAGUUUGCCAAGAGUGUGGCGAGUGCGGCUUGAAAUUUGGGAUGCAAAUUCAUGGGUUGAUGUCGAAAACUCAGUAUGCUACUGAUGUUACGACAAGUAAUGCUCUGAUAUCAAUGUAUGGAAGUGUUCUGGGCAUUGUGGAUUAUGCACGUCGUAUUUUUGAUAGCAUUUGGCCCAGGAAUUUGAUAUCUUGGAACUCUAUGAUUUCUGUUUAUUGCCAAAGGGGAGAUGCAGUUUCUGCAUUUGAUAUCUUUUCAACCGUGCAAAAGGAAGUCAUGGGAGAUGGUCUCAAACCAAAUGAGUAUACCUUUAGUAGUUUAAUAUCUACUACCUGUUCUUUGGUUGAUUCUGGUUUGGUUUUGCUUGAACAGCUGCUGACCAUGGUGGAAAAAUCUGGUUUCUCGCAUGAUUUAUAUGUAGGUAGUGCUUUGGUUAGUGGUUUUGCGAAGGUUGGGUCAAUGAAUUAUGCCAAAUAUAUUUUUCAGAAGAUGAGUUAUAGAAAUGCAGUAUCCUUGAACGGUUUGAUAAUUGGACUGGUUAGACAGAAUAGAGGUGAAGAAGCAGUUGAACUUUUCAUGGAAAUGAAGGAUUCGGUCGAACUAAACCUUAAUUCUUAUGUGAUCAUUUUGACUGCCUUUCCUGAGUUCUAUGUUUUGGAAGAUGGAAUACGGAAGGGUAGUGAGGUUCAUGCGUACCUCAUCCGAUCAGGCUUACUCGAUGCCAUGAUUGCAAUCGGGAAUGGCCUUAUAAAUAUGUAUGCUAAAUGUGGAGCUAUCGAUGAUGCUUGUGUGGUUUUUAGGCUCAUGGAUAAUAAGGAUUCAAUUACGUGGAACUCCAUGAUCACUGGUCUUGACCAAAAUGAACACUUUUUAGGUGCGGUUAAAACAUUUCAAGAAAUGAGAAGAACAGAAUUAUUUCCUUCAAAUUUCACAAUGAUUAGUGCUUUAAGUUCCUGUGCAAGCUUAGGGUGGAUCAUUGUUGGAGAACAAUUACAUUGUGAAGGACUUAAACUGGGGCUUGAUUUGGAUGUUUCUGUUUCAAAUGCUCUUUUAGCUUUGUAUGGUGAGUCUGGGUAUGUGAAGGAAUGCCAGAAAGUUUUUUCCUUGAUGCUCGAAUACGAUCAAGUUUCAUGGAACUCUUUGAUUGGAGUUUUAGCAGAUUCAGAACCAUCAAUGCUUGAAGCUGUUGAAAUUUUCCUCCUUAUGAUGCAAGCCGGUUGGCAUCCUAAUAGAGUGACCUUCAUUAGCAUACUUGCAGCAGUAUCUUCUCUUUCACUUCAUGAACUAGGCAAGCAGAUUCAUGCUUUAGUCUUAAAGCAUAAUGUUCCAGCUGACACUGCUAUAGAGAAUGCACUUUUGGCUUGCUAUGGGAAGUGUGGAGAUAUGAGUGACUGUGAGAAAAUCUUUUCGAGAAUGUCCGAUAGACAGGACGAAGUGAGUUGGAAUUCUAUGAUUUCGGGUUAUAUACAUAACGAGCUCUUGCCCAAGGCCAUGGACAUGGUGUGGUUUAUGAUGCAGAGAGGCCAGAGAUUGGAUGGUUUCACCUUUGCAACUGUGCUUAGUGCUUGUGCAACCAUUGCAACAUUAGAGCGUGGCAUGGAAGUUCAUGGAUGCAGUGUAAGAGCUUGUUUAGAAUCCGAUAUUGUCAUUGGCAGUGCACUCGUGGACAUGUAUGCAAAAUGUGGAAGGAUAGACUAUGCUUCAAGAUUCUUUGAACUGAUGCCAGACAGAAACUUGUAUUCCUGGAACUCCAUGAUUUCAGGGUAUGCGCGCCAUGGACAUGGAAGAAAAUCUUUGGAUCUUUUCGCCCGAAUGAAGUUGCAUGGUCCACUCCCAGAUCAUGUCACUUUUGUUGGAGUUCUGUCAGCAUGUAGUCAUGUGGGUUUAGUCGAUGAAGGCUUCAGGCAUUUCAAUUCUAUGAGUGAAGUAUACGGAUUAGCUCCUAGAAUGGAACACUUUUCAUGUAUGGUUGAUCUUCUCGGCCGUGCGGGGGAACUAAACAAAGUGGAGGAUUUUCUCAACAAGAUGCCAGUGAAGCCUAAUGUUCUAAUAUGGAGGACUGUUUUAGGGGCUUGUUGCAGAGCCAACGGUCGCAACACAGCGCUUGGGAGGAGAGCAGCCGAAAUGCUGCUGGAAAUGGAACCAAGGAAUGCAGUGAACUAUGUUCUUCUCUCAAACAUGUAUGCUUCAGGCGGAAAGUGGGACGACGUAGCGAAAACGAGGGUGGCAAUGAGGAAGGCUUUCGUGAAGAAGGAAGUUGGAUGCAGUUGGGUGACAAUGAAGGAUGGUGUUCAUGUGUUUGUUGCAGGAGACAAAUCACACCCUGAAAAGGACUUAAUAUAUGAAAAACUAAAGGAACUGAAUGCGAAAAUGAGGGUAGCCGGGUAUGUACCGGAGACGAGAUUCGCACUUUUCGACCUUGAAGGGGAGAACAAGGAGGAACUAUUGAGCUAUCACAGUGAGAAAAUUGCAGUUGCUUUUGUUCUUACUCGUCCAUCAGAAAUGGCUAUUAGAAUAAUGAAAAACCUCAGAGUUUGUGGGGAUUGCCACUCUGCUUUCAAAUACAUUUCAAAGAUUGUUGGAAGGCAGAUAGUUUUGAGAGAUUCAAAUAGAUUUCACCACUUUGAGAAUGGUCAAUGUUCAUGUGGGGAUUUUUGGUAAAACAAUAGUUUCUUUUGAAGAUAUUUAUCGCAUUCAAAUGUGGUAUUAAUAUUAUUGCCCAUGAAAAAUAGUGUUUCAUGAGAUUCGUA